CGAGUUUAAUGUUCUUUUGUGUAUGGGUAAGAAGUGUCUGCAAUGUAAAUUGAAAUUGCGUUGAUAUGUAUGCCGAAGAUAGACAAAGGAAAAUGAAUUUUGGGCAUAAAAAUUUAAGUAGUUGUGAUUAAAGUGCAUGUUCGAAAACAGUAGUACAAUUCAAUGGAAGUCUGUGUCUGUUUGUUGAGCUGCGUAUGCUUGCCGCUCAAAUGUGUGGUUGACUGUCUUUAAUCAAUCCAUCUUUGCCUCUGUAUCUCACCAAUACACAUAAAAAAGAGUUUUUUACACGAUUUACUGUCAUUAAAUUCUUGAUAAUAUAAUCGGUGUUAUUAAAAUUUUUUUGAGAAUAUCAAUUCUGUUGGGUUUGAAGUUCAAUCGCGUUUGCAAGUAAAAUAAAAACGAUGGGUAUUUUUGAAUUCAUUGGGAUUGUGGUAUUUUUAUACUAUUUAAUAAAUAUAAUUUUGUGGGUGGUUCUUGAUUCGGACAUUGAAUUGUGGUUGAAAGAGCGAUGGGGCAAGCCAAUAGAUACAUUGAGAGGAAAAGUGGUGUGGUUGACAGGCGCGAGUAGCGGGAUUGGUAAACAGUUGGCAAUUGAAUUAGCAAAACAUCAUGUGAGGUUGUGUAUUUCGGCGCGAAGCGGUGAUCGUUUGCAGGCUGUGAAAGAAGAAUGCUUGAAGCAAUCGAAAUUACUACGACCAAAUGACAUUUUGGUAUUGAAAAUGGAUAUGCUAGACAUUAGCCAGCAUCAACGCUACUUUGAUACGGUGGUUAAUCAUUUCGGUGGUCUCGAUAUUUUGGUGAAUAAUGCUGGACGUUCGCAGAGGGCAUCGUUCGAAGAAAUUGAUCUAAGCGUUGAUCGUGAAUUGUUUGAACUUGAUGUAUUUAGCAUCGUAAAUUUGACGCGCAUUUAUGUAAGGCAUUGUAAAAGUCGAGGUCACGUUGCGGUUACAUCGAGCUCUGUUGGAUUGAUAUCAGUGCCGAACUCAGCAUCGUACACGGCAGCCAAACACGCAAUACACGGCUAUUUUGAAACACUUAAACUUGAUCACCCAACCAUGGAUGUAACACUAUUCUGCCCGGGCCCAACACAUACCGAGUUUUUGCAGCAUGCAUUUACCGGCAUACACGGACAGAAUUACAAUCAAUCCGUUCAAGCUACUGAUCGUCGAAUGACUGCCGAACGCUGUGCCGUGCUGAUGGCCAUUGCUCUCGCCAAUCGAUGCCAAAUAAACUUUGUUGGACCAUUCCCAGUACCAGGGUUGAUGUACAUCUCGUGCUAUUAUCCCAAUUUACGUAAAAUAAUAUUGAUGAUUUUGGGUAAAUCGGGCUUACAAAAAAUCCGAGAUACAACUGCACCAGCGAACUAAUGAACUAAACAAGCAGCCAUAUCAACCAACAUAACACUUGCAUAUCGAUGAAAAUAUGAAAUCAGAGAAUUCAUCUCAAACAAUCAUACAAAUUGAAUUUCUAUUUUUACCCAUAUUCCAAACAUAGCACAUAUUCAAUUUAUUGGUCACUUGAUGGUGAAAAUAAAAUUUAGACGAAAGCCAUUUUCAUAUUUUGAA